AUGAAGGAUCGGUUUACUCUCGUGCUCUGUGCCAAUGCAAGUGGCAAUUGCAAGGUCAAGCCGCUGCUGGUCUAUCACUCAGAAAAUCCACGCGUGUUCAAGGCAUGUAAAGUGUACAAGGCGCGACUGAAUGUGAUGUGGAGGUCCAAUAAGAAAUCCUGGGUCACGUGGAUAUUCUUCACUGAAUGGGUCAAUGAUGUUUUUGGCCCUUCAGUGAGGAAAUAUCUUGAAGAGAAGCAGUUGCCACUCAAGGCCUUGCUUGUGCUCGAUAAUGCUCCUGCACAUCCUCCACAGAUGCGAGAAGAAUUGUAUCCCAAAAAUCAGUUCAUCACCAUCAAGUUCCUUCCUCCCAAUACCACUCCACUCCUCCAACCUAUGGACCAGAAAGUCAUUGCAAACUUUAAGAAACUCUACAUGAAGGCCUUAUUGGAGAGGUGUGUUGAUGUGAUAGACAAUACAGAGCUGACCCUCAAAGAAUUCUGGAAGAACCACUUCAAUAUCCUGGGUGCCUUACGUUUGAUCGAUAAGGCCUGGGAAGGAGUGACACGAAGGACCCUAAACUCUGCAUGGCGUAACCUGUGGCCUGAGGGAGUCCCUGAGCGAGACUUCAAAGUUUUCGGUCCUGCACGUGCAUCUGCAUCUGCACCUGUGGAAGACCCAGAAGUGCAUCUAGUGGAUGAUAUUGUUGCUCUGGGGCAAACUUUGGGUCUGGAGUUGGAUGCUGCUGAUGUGCAGGAGUUAGUGGAUGAGCACAGUGAGGAACUGACCACUGAGGAACUCCUGGAACUUCAGAAGGAGCUUAAUCAAGAGGAGGCACAAGAGCUCUCAUCAAGGGAGGAGGAGGAGGUAGGGAAGAAUGCUGCUGCCUCUUCAAGUGAGAUCAGGGAACUGUUGGGAAUGUUUGAAAAGCCUGUGAUCCGCGCCUGGGUGGAUACUGAUACCUAG